AUGCUAUCUCAUAAAGGAAAUUCUGCUUCUAUUAGCAUUCCACCAGCCAGUACUCAAACAACUGUGAGCCAACUGAUAAAAAAGGAUCUUAGAAAGGAAGCAUGUCGUGGUAUAGCAAAAUGGUACUACAACAAUGCCCUUUCUUUCAAUGCUGCAAGAGAUCCUUUGUUUGCUGAUAUGUUUGAGCUUGUUGCUAGACAUUGUCCAGGAUGCAGUAUAAUGUCGGAUGGCUGGACCGACAAGAAGAAAAGAUCAAUUUGCAACUUCUUAGUCAACAGCCCAAGAGGAACUGUCUUUGUUGAAUCUAUAGAUACAUCUGGCAUCAGCAAGAACACAGAGAAAGUCUUUGAGAUGCUAGAUAAUAUUGUAAACAAGGUUGGAGAGGAAAAUGUUGUUCAAGUCGUCACUAAUAACGCAUCUGCUUAUAAAGCUGCAGGAGAGAAAUUGAUGAAGAAACAUAUGCCAGUUCAUAAGUCUACAAUUUCAAAAGGAAGAAAGGUCACUAAUUUCAUCUACACCAGGACAAAUCUGAUUGCUAUGAUGAAAGAGUUCACAGAGGGCAGGGAUUUGGUUAGACCUGCUCAAACAAGGUUUGCUACUUCUUAUUUGACUCUAGGUUGCCUUAGUGAACAAAAAGGAAACUUGAUGACUAUGUUUUCUUCUGAUAAAUGGAGGAAAAGUAACUUUGCAAGCAUUUCAGAGGGGAAAAGGAUUCAAAUGAUUGUUUUAGAUGGUAGAUUUUGGACAAAUGUUGUAAAUUGUCUUCGAGCUGCUAUGCCUUUGGUGAAAGUUCUACGUUUAGUCGACUCGGAGGAGAAGCCAACAAUGCCAUUUGUGGUCAAAGAACUGAAUGAAGCAAAGGAGAAGAUUAAAAGUAACUUUGGUGCUAUGGAGAGAAAGUAA